AGUGGAUAAAGCUUAAAAAUAAUGUUGUUUAGUCAUGAAUCCAUCGGGACGUGAAAUGCUUCGUCCAAAGAAGACGCCUAUUUCAUUUCAGAAUCGCUCAUCCGGAACAUGUCUCAUCGCAUACAUUACAAAACGCAUUCUGAUUGGAUAAAGGUUUCAAAAUAUUUCUAUAUCCAAUUUUAGUGUCCCGUAAUACAAAAAUUGACAAUCGUCAGAGAGAUAAUACAUAAGUGAAGGCGAUUAGAUAAUCAGACUGAGAUCAAAGACGAAAUAUCUUUAUUUCGUAUGUUAAGACUGUUGCCAUGGAAAUGACGGGCGUUCGGAAUGUACCCCCUCUUCGACCAAUUCCAACCUAUAGUUUUAACCCCUAUGUAAUACAGACACAGAAUGGCACCAAACCUAACCAAAAAGAAACCAAAUUAUUCCAGCCAUGGAAAUCAGAAAGUGGACAGUGUUCACCAUGUAAGCCUGACCCUGGGUCUAUGUUAGCUCACUAUUUUCACCAGAGUACUGCGGACAUCAUCAACUACUAUAAACACCACUGGAAAUUUCUUCAAGCCUCGCUUUCAUUCGUUGCCACGUCUGCAGCUGCAACGACACUUGCUGAUCAAAAAUCGUCAUAUUCUAGUCGUCCACUACACCCGGAACCACUUCAGAGUUUUCCAUCAUCUCAAUCUAGCCUCGUUGAUUUACAAAACACGGUUAUAGCUGGAAGAAAACUGUUUCCAUGUCCUCAGUGUAGAUACACCACUGACAGAAGGAACAACCUUAAAAGACAUCUACUGACCAUGCAUCAACAAUCGUCCAAAGUCCUCGAAUGCUGCGGAAUAGUGUUUGGAACAAAGGCGUCUCUGCGUGAACACUCUAUGAUAUUCCAUUCCCAUGGUUACGUUUGUUUGUACUGUGGAAGACGAUUUUGUAGAAAAGCCUUAUUAAAGAGACAUCUUUCUGUUCAUAAUGGAAAAAAGGACUUCCGUUGUCAUUUGUGUGACUAUGCUACUAGUCACAAGAGCAAUUUGGAACGACAUAGAAAGGUUCAUUCACGACAAUGUGGCUUAGACUGUGAGAGUAGGUCGUCUGCAGACGAAAGCCCCUUAGUUGUGAACCAUUCUUAUGCCGUAGACCUGUCGUCUGCUGAAACGUCCGAUGAGGAAAUAGAUGUCAGCUCCGACUGACGAGGGAGGGUACACAAAAACUGAAACUAUCUAUAGGACUUAGAAACAAAAAUGUCAAGAAUGCCUUCUGCUAUAUUUAUACACGUGUAAUUGUUAAUAUUUGCAAAAUGUGUUUUUUUUAUUUUUACUAUUCACUUUUAAUAUUUUACUUAAAUCAAACCAGCGUAUACUUGUCUGCAUGAUGAUAAAACAAAAUGUUGUAAAUUUAGAAUUUCAUGUUGGUUUAACUCACCAUAUAUUGAUAUUUAUACUGUUAACAAAUAAAAUUCUUUUUAACAUUA